AUGGGGGGUCAGGCUCUUCACCAGUUUCAGGCUCUGUUCUGGAAGAAUUGGCUCUGUCGUCUGAGGCAACCGGUCCUAUCCCUGUCUGAAUUUCUCUGGCCAUGCACAUUGUUUCUAAUUCUGACUGUGCUUCGCUUCCAGGAAACUCCAAGACACAGAGAUAACUGUUAUUUGCAGCCCCGGAACUUGCCAAGCCAAGGAGUUUAUCCCUUUGUCCAAAGCCUCCUUUGUAAUGCUGGCUCUCGAUGCAAGAACACUAGUUAUGAUGGAAGUAGGGAAUGGUAUUGAUUGGUUUGUAAAUUUGAACUAAAACCUCUCCCUUUGAGAGUGAAUAAUUUGGUUUUUCUGGAAGAUAUUCAGGAGCUUGCCCAAGGCAUUUCAAAAACAAUGGAGAAGGCUGUUGCUUUACAAAAACUUUGGAUGGAAGGUUCCAAGUUGUCAGGUUCUCCCAAUUCUGCUUUCUCAAGGGUGGAUCUUAACAAGACUGAAACUCUCAUAUCUAAAAUAGAAAACCUUCAUCAUGAACCCUACUUUUGGGAUUUCCUGCAUUCCUUGCCAGGGCUGCGAACAAGCAACUUACAUCCUAAGUAUGGCCUCCAGGUUUUGGCAGAGUUUCUGCAGACAAUUCUAAGUUCUUUAGCAUCUCUAGAAGAUUUGGAUUGGCUACCAAUAAACCAAACUUUCUCCAAGGCUGCUCAAAUAGGACUAAAUGUGACUGUUAUGAUACUGAAAUUUCUCCAGGAGGAAAAAGUAGAAGUUAUUGGAAUUGGAUACAACUUGUCACUAAGAAAUGUGGUGUGGAACCCUCUGAAGCUGAAAUCUGAUUUGACAUCCAAAUAUGGCUUUGUUGACCUUCAUGUUGAGAAGAUGCUGAAUUACACUGGCAAGUUAAAUGAGAUUCCCACAGACAGCUCACUGGAGCAGUUUGUAUGUUCAGCCUUGUCCAGCACAUCAGCAGUUGAAGUUGGCAAUAAAUAUAAUCAUGGAAACUGUAACAUCCAGUGGUCAGAAGCCAAAGACUAUCUUGUCCAUUCAGUCAGCUGGCUCCAAAUCUACAAACAGGUGAUUCAGCAAUGGCUAAAUGUUGGUGUGGUUCAGAAGAUUCUUACUGGAAUGGAACAAAGUCUAAUGGCUUUCAGAGAUCAAUACCCUGAAGACAGUGAGUCAUGGAAAGUAGCAUCAAUCCUGCACACCAUGCUUCACCUCCUGGAUGACAAUUUGGGAUCAGAAUCCCUCCCAAACUACCUGCAAUCUCCAAAAAUAUUAGUGUAUCUGGCAAAAUUUCAGACCAUUCUUCAAAGUCUGCCUCAUUGGCCAACUGUGAAAAGAUUGCUUCUGGUAAAUGGAGCCCUCAGAAAUGUGAUCAUCAAGAAUUUACAUUUCAUCCGAGAAGUUCUAAGUAAACUGGAAAGAUUGGCUCCAUUUUCUGAAACAGAUGACUUGAGCUCAUUGCAACUGGAAAUGGACACAUUCUUCAGGGAUUUAAAAGAGAUGCUGACAAAGAAUUACCCUUACACAAGCCAAGAUGUACCUUUUGUUCCUGAAGAGGCCUUUACUGUUCCAGAGAACUCCAAAAUCAUGAAAAUACUAAGGGGGCACUCUCAUUCUUCCAAUGAGACAAUCUUUUUAUAUAAUCUACUCCAUUCAGUCAAAGAGGUUGAUGAGAUUUUUCAGGAGGUGCUCUUUGGACGAGCACCUCAGCCCAUUGCAAUAACUGAAGAUUUUCUGGGCUGGCAAGAAAUUGAACAGCAACUUGCAGAGAGUGUAACACUUUGUUCUUGGUUGUAUCAGUCCUUGAGUACCCAGCUAUCGCCUGGGGAGAAUAUCUCCUUCAUUUACUGCCAGGAAAAGAUGUUUCCACAUUCAGCUACAAACAGUGCAGCCUUUGCCCUGGAACUGAAACCGGUGACUCUGCUCUUCGUCCUGUGCUCUCAGCCAGCAGAGUCUCUGCCCCUCUGCUACCAUACUCACUGGGCCUGUGCUCGCUCUUCCUUGUCCACAGCCACACUGGUUUUCCAUACAUUGGAAGAAGUCCAAUUUGCUCUGGAACAAAAUAACUCCUGGAAAAACUUAACAGAAUUUCUCAGGAAAACAUGUGAAGUUGCUCAUUAUGUGAAUAAGCAAGAAAAUUUCCAAAGAGGUGCAUCUGCUACUUUUGAAAAAUCGCCUUGUAAGGGAGUAAAACUGGAUUGGAAAGAUGCUGAUACUUACUUUGUGUUUCUGAAAAAUUUGCUGAAAUCUCCAAGGAUGUCAGUGUCUAGGAUUUUGGAGUAUAGCAGGGAUCUUCUGGAGAUGGAAAAGAAGUCACAUGCCUAUGAAGAUGAAGCGACAACCUUUUGGCUAUCCUUUGUAGACUUUAUGGAAAAAAUGAUACUGCCUGGAUCUUUGGUCUCAUCCAGUCAUCCUACAUUCCAGAAUCUUGCAAACCUCACUGAAGUUAUCUGGAAUAAGACUUUUUGGUGGAUGAAUACUUCUAGAAGUUCAGAGGCUGAGCCAUCUCUUAAUACUCAGAAAUUUUCUGAAAUUAGGGAGGAGGUUAUAGAGAAAAUACACGUUGUUUCAACCCUCUGGAAAAGGAAUGAAUAUGGAGGAUUUUUGAGAAUCUUGGAAUUAAUACUUUAUGAAAUUCAUCCUAAGCUUUGACUAUGGAUGUAUGGCAUCCCAAAAAGAGAAAAGGACAAAUUGGAAACUUUAUCUACUCUUUUAAAUUUGUCUAUUCCAGAAAAUCAAAGAGUCCUUGGAAAAAACUUCAACUUUUCUCUGCAUUUCCAUAAUUUAUCCGAGUCAGAAAAUUUAAACCUGGAUUUUGUACAUUUAAGUGAAGUUGUCAUAAACAGUCUCUAUGAGCUUGGAUUAGUUAAGCAAGAACAGGUCACUGCUGCUCUGAAUACAGCUUAUACCCUACAAAACAUAUCUAUGCUUUCCUCAUCAUUUUCUGUUUCUCAAAAACAGUACUUGGAAAACAUUUUGACUCAAAUCUAUCACAAUGUCUUUCAGGACAAGGAUUCUGUUGUAGUUCUUCGAUUAUAUUCUUCAAUUUACCAAGAUAUUUAUCAGUUCAUCUCCAGUUUUCAGAGUAAAGAGCCUUUGUUAACUUUCUUUAUUCAAAUUUCAAAAAGCAUUUCUGCUAUCAUCAAGGAGUUCAAUUUUCAAGACGUGAGCAAAGCUUUUGAAUUUCUCUCUGAAGUUACAAGCUUUCUUGAUAGAAUCUUUGAAGAAUCUCUGUGUGAAAAGCUCUUUUCAGUUUAUAACUAUCUGGAGCUUCAAGUCACAUCCCUGAUCCCUAAGGAAGGCCAAGAAACAAAAAUGAUAUAUGCAACUCUGAGUCUGAAACAGUUGCUCAUAAGAGAUAAAAGUUUUCGGAUAUCUUUACUUCACUAUCUGAAUCAACUUUUCAACAACUCCGUAGAAGGACACUUGAAUAAUCAGUGCUUUGAUUUGGAUGAUAUGCUUCUUUCUUUGAAUGGGUCAAUGGAUGUGAGAAAUCCUCUAAUCCUUCCUUGGAUCCAAAUGCUUUCAAAUACAACAGAAAAUAUUGUCGUUAAUGAAUCUGUAGCUAUGCAGUGUACCUUUUCGUGGGUCCAAGUGUGGUUUGACAUCUGGGAUACCAUGUCUCAGGUCUUAAAAUUUGAUUCCAAGUUUUUUCCUUCUCUCCAGAUUGGCCUCAGGGAACUUUCUUCAGAACUGGGAAAUAGUUUUGAACGUCUUGAAGUCUGCCAGAGAAUAUUUCCUGACCAUAUUCUUAUAAGACUUAUCAAAAGUUUAUUAAAAAAUAUAGAUCAAGAUGAUGAUGCCAGAAAUUGGAAUGCCUUUACUGGCCUCUCAUCUAUGCUAGACAAUUCAGUAGCCAUCAUGAAAUCACUAACUAUGGAGAAAGUAGAUAAAUCCCUUUUGACAAUGGAAAAUGCAGUGCUCAAAUUAAAAGAAUGCCCAUUAAAUAUUAAUAUUAGCAGAAACUUUUUUUACUCACUGUUUGAAGUUUUCAUGGAGCUAAGCAAUACAACAGGAAAUAUAGACAGAGAUUCUCUAACAGGCUUUGGAGAAGAAUUUGAAAUUGCCUUUACUAUUUUACAAGAGAUAAUAGGAUUUCUUAGAAAUACAUCCUAUAAUCAAGAUUUAUUGUCUUGUGCUGGCAUUUUACAGAAUAUCACCAAUUUAGUUAUGGAAGGUGAUUUAGCUCCGAAAAAUACAUCACAGAAAUUAUUAAGUGUGUUGGCAAUUUUUAAAUCCAUUUUAACUUCGGAAGAUAUAAUUAGUAGACUAGAAGGCUGUACUGCAUGGAUAGAUAUAAUUAGAAAUCUAGGUGUCAAAUAUAAUAGUACUUCUUCAUUUGGCCACUCACAGGACUUUUUAGAAUUGUUUUUAUCUUCAAGAAAUAUCAACAACACAAAAAUCACAGUGAGAAAGAUGUUAGAUUUUGUUACCUUCAUAUUAAGUUCAACAAAACCUUUCUGUUCUUUGAAUAAUUCAGAUAUGCACUGUCUGGAUAUUUUCUUUAGAAAUAUAACCAACUUUGUAAAAGUUGUAAUUACUUCAUUGUUUGAAAAAGAAAAGAUGCCAAUGCUUGACUUUAUAUUAAUGAUUUUAAAUAAUUCAGAAGACCAUAUCAGAGUAAUUAUACAUAAUUUAACAAGAACCUUAGAUUUUUCAUCUGACCUAAACUGGAAAAAUUUUACUGAAUUAAUCAUAAGAGCCUUAGAAAAGUCAGAUAACUCUCCUAACCAGUUCCAAAUUGUGUUGCGACAAUCAAUAGCAUUCUUCAGGGAAAUUCAAAAACUUGUGAAAAAUAUUACUAUUAAAAUCUUAGAAAACAAUUCAUCUGACAUUGGAAAAGUUUUAAAGGUGUUUACGAAUUUGCCAAAGGAAAAAAGUGCAAAUCUGCUAGGUGAUUCAAUUCAAAAUUUAGGAAGUUAUUUUGCAUUUAAUUUCUCUCAUGAUUUGCAAAAUUUGCCAAUUCAUGCAAUUAUGAAAGCAAUAGGUCUUGAUAUUCAACUGGCAAGGGAUAUGAUGAAUUCCUUAUUGCCAUCUAUUCUUCCUAACAUUCCACAAAAUUCAGGGAAUAUGAAAGUUUUGAAGAAGAUCAGCACUCUGAUACGCAACCUCAAGAAUGUAGAUGUAGAGCUCUUGGUAGAUCAACUUGAACAAAUUAGUGGAAGCCUUUGGGAUUUUUUAAAGAACAUCAGUACUUUAGAGGAUGGAAGUCUGGGGAUUGACUUAUUAGUUGGAUUAAUGAAGACUUUUGUACACAGCUCACAUUCUUGGAAUGUUAACCACCUGUGGCAACUCUCACGCUUGUUUCCUAAAGAUGAAGUUGAUGUGGUAGUAGAUGCAUAUUAUGUGCUUCCUGAUGGACUGAGACUUUUAGAGAGAAUAGCUCACAAGAACAUUACAGAGGCCUUACUGGAGGUCUACAGUUUCACCUUGGUUCAUGGAGCUAGCAUUUCCACCAUCACUAAAGAAGAUUUUGCAAGUGCCAUAAAAGGCCUUUUGGACAUAACCAACUUGGUUAUAGAUAAGCCAAAUAUUGCUGCAGAAGCGUUACGUUGCCUUCCUGUAACUUGGUGCUCAAACCAUACAACUCUAAAGCUUCACAAGGAUAUAGUAAUGGAAAAGUGUAAUACACACAAGUCUAUGCACCCUUUGUUGUAUAGCAAGAUGGCUGAUCUCUUUCAUCACCUCCAGCUGAUACCGUUGGAAAAUGAUUUACAAUGUUUAAAUGAGAGUUUAAGGAUAGAGAUGACUCACAGGGUGUACUGUUUGUUUCAUGAAUUAGCUGAAUGGAAUUCUAUUCUUAUAAAUUUUUCUGAGGGACUCCAUGUCAAUAAUUCACUUCUGAAGGAACUUCAAGGAUUUUGGUACAAGGUGUCACCCUACGUCCUAUCUUCUGGAAAAUCAAGCAAUGCUAAUUGCUCAAUGCAUUGUAUAGUAGUCCCAGAGAAAUGGAUUGCUUUGAGAGUCAUAGAAAAGUUAAAAAUGAACUUCACAAAGGCUUUGUCAUUUAAGGAUAUUUUGGAACAGUUAACAGGUCUAAACAAGAUCCAGCACUGGAAUGUGGACAAAGAAACAUCAGUUCUAAAUAAAACUGUCACAAAUUUGAAAAGAUGGACAAAACUAAUCUCUAUUUUUGAUGUGGAAAACAUGACUUUCUUUCUAUAUCCUUCAAUGCAUUUAUCUUCUAAAGCAAACCAAAUCAAUGAUCUCUUAAAAGUAUUACUAAGUUUUGGUAAGACUACUAGCAUUAUUGACAACUUUGAAACGCUAUGGCUCGAGUCAGAGAGAUCUGUGCAAGACCUAUGGAAAAAUUUUCAUAUUAGGCAUAUAUUCUCUUCAGUCAAACAAGGAAUUCAAAUAAUAAAGUCACUGGCUGAUCAAAAUACAACAUUGCCACUUUUUUAUUUUUUGAAACAAUUUAAUUCCUCAUUUCUACAUGGGGCUAGAUUCCUUGAAGACGUUAUAUUAGUUACUAGAGACUUGCUCCAUGAGUAAAAUGGAAAUUUCUCUAAAAUAAUAGAUACAUUGAUACUUGUUUUGACCAAUGAAAGUUCCUCUCAUGCUAGGGCAUUGAACACUGAUGUUAUUACAGACUUUCUAGAACACUUCAAGAAUGUUUCUAGAGAAGGAAACAUUAACAUUACAUUUGUUGCUCAUUUGUUAAACCUAGAAAAACAAGCUAAUUUCUCUGUUGCUCAAUUUCUUUUUGAAAGCAGCCUGAUUAGUGCAAUCAAUAACUUUGCUUGGAGUUCUCUGGAAGCAGCCUUGCAUUUAAAUGACACUGACCUUCCAAUAAUGGACUUCAUUGAUCUGGUGUUUAACUAUAAGCAGUUUGAAAAUAAUAAGGGAAAUCUCUCUCUCCACCAAAGCAGCACAAUGGAACUGUCCAAGCAAAUUUUUCACAAAUUCUUCUUUCCACCAAAGGGAAAUUUUGAGAACAAAAUAUUUGCCCUGCUGAAAAACUUAUAUACAGACAUAAUGGCUGAGAUGAGUAUUUCUCCAGAGGAUAAAAUUUUAGACCUUGUGAAACUGGAUCUAUUUCUUAAUCUGAGGGAAGAAGGCAGAUUACCCAGCAAUGAUUCUAGUUUAAGAAAAAACAUUUAUGAUCUAAUUAAAGACUCAUUCCUAUUAGAUGAUGAAUUUUAUUUUGAUACUCAACAAAGGCUCAAGUUCAUCAGAGAUUUAGUUCAUAUUAUUUUAAGAGUUAUCCCCAUAAGAAAUGACAUUGGAAAUGAUGCUAAGCUGGUUAUGAAUAAGGCUCAUGUGCUGUUCAAGAUGAAUAAUUCUGAGAACUCAGAACUCAGUGAAGAUCUUGACUCUGCAACUCAACUUGUGAGAAAAAAUUCUGCAAAAAUAGCCAACCUCAUGGAUAUUAUCUUUAGCUAUCGUAUGGAGGAUCUACCUGCUUUUUCCUCUGCACUCCAAGUUGUUCUUACUAAUUUAACAGAGUUAGUGACCUUUGCAGGUAAUGUUUUCCCUUCAAAGUUAGUAGAAAUUGCCAAACAAUUAUUAGAUAUAAUUGCCUAUGGAGGAAAAGAUAUUCCAGAAGGUUUCUUGGAAAUGUCUCAGGCUUUGAGCACGUUGUUGCAGGAUAUCAAGGAGUUAAGAGUUCUUUCACAAUCAGUAGAUGCCAUGGUUAAAUUCCUUAAUCUAUCUAAGAAAGUCUCAGCUCAAGUGGCCACUAUUUUAGAAACUCACUUCAUUUCCAAGACAAAGGGAAAGUUAAAUUUCCUCGACAUGCUCUACUCUUUUUUGCACGAAGCUGUUCAUAGUGUGGUAGAUGAAAUAACUUCUAUGAGGAAUUUAGAGCUUUUAAGUUACCAGCAAGUAGAAAACUUGCUGAAGCCAUUGCUAGAUGUUACCUCUUGGACUAUUGAGAUUAAGCCCAUCAUUUCAAAAGAAUCCAAACCUCUGAAUGAAUCAACUAGUUCCUUUUCAUAUCUAAACCAAUCUAAAAACAUUUCGGACAUUGUGGAAGAAAUCACUGUGUUUAUAAUCAAUUCAAAAAACCAUUCGGUAGAGCUUGAGCAUCUUGUAUUAGCUGUAAAAAAUGCAACCCAAACUUUAUCCAUAGAUACUAAAACUCUAAUGGGAGAAGUUCUUGAUUGUUUGGUGCCAAUAAACAACCUCACUAGCCAGGUGGACUUUUUAAAUUCUAAUCGGAAUUCCUCCCAUCAUUGGCUUUGGGAUACAAAAUGGGAAAGACUUUACAAAAUGGUACUUUUUUGGAAUGAAAUACUGUCUCAGAACAGUCCAGAAAGUGGGUCUAAGUUGAAAAUGGUGAUUGCUCUAUCCUUAGAAGCUUUGGGGAAUAAUUUACAGGAGGGUGGCUGGGAUAUAUUUAAUCUGCUGCUGACAUUUGCACAGCAUCCAAACAACCUUUCUCAAGCCAUAGAAAGCACUGGGAAGAUGCUGAGUGUUUUUGGAGGAGAAUUCAGUAAGGCUCUAUUUUUUAACAGCUCUACCAUUCACAACAUGACCCACCAGGAACUUCGAAAAGCAAUUCAGGUUGCAUUAAAUAAAAUAGCUCUCUGGAUGGAAUGGCUACUUUUACACCACUCACAGUGGAGACAUUCUACAAAAGCUUUAUUCCCACUCACUUGGGAGACUUCUGUUAAUGUAACUACUGGAAAAGGUGUGAUGUCAAAACCACCAAACAAUGUUAAGAGAGAAAAGAAUAAUUUUUCACUUGCAGUCAAACCUUUAUCAUGCUUUGAAAAGUCCAUUAAAGGAAUAGUUUCCCUGGCAAAAUACUGGCAAAAAGGACCACUGCAAAAUCAAAGUGUCUUGGAAAUAUGUCAAUUUUUCCAGAAGCACUUAAAGCCCUCUAUAGCCUUAACUCUGCAGAAGGUGAAGAUGACAGUUUUGAAUAUGUUAAUCAUCCUAUCAGAAGAGCCUGCUUUUACUGGGGACAUUUUGUGUAGUCUUCUGAGCUGCAAGGAUCAAUUAGUAAGACAUCUCCUCUUAUCCAUUGUACGAGGAGUUACUUUGGUUCAUGGCCAUUACCAGGAUUUUGAAAAUAUUUGGUCUCCUCCAAUCAGACAUUGUGAAAGCCUUUUGCAUACCAGCAGCAAGCUUUCUAGUACCUUGGAAAAUUUUAAGAGAAGCCUGGGAAAUGCUACCGCCAGAGACUGUGAAUGCCAUCUGAUGUUAGAAACUGUGCAACAACAUGUGCAAAAGUUGGCCAAAAGCCUUGAGAAUUUAUCAGGACACCCCAUUACGGCUUUUCUUAGCAACUUCAGUGUAACUAGGGAUGUGAGAGUAAAGGAUUGUGUGCAGAAUGUCACCAAGUUAAGAGACGAGUUACGUUCUUUCACCACUAUCUCAGAAGAAACCAUCAAUAAUAUUCUAGAAGCAAAUAUCUCACAUUCAAAGUUUCUUUCCAGUGCCCUUACAGUAGCUUUGGCUGGAAAAUGUGAUGAAGAAGUUAUCAGCCUCUUGCUGACAUUUCCUGCAGAUGGAAAAGCUCUUGCAGCUAGAGAAUUGUGUGCUCUGCCUGCAUUGGACACGUACACUUUGAUUGUACUCAUUGGUCAGAACCUGGAUUUGAAGAUUAUGAUUUACAAAAUGUUGAUACCACCAGAGGCAAAUUCCUUACUGAACUCCUUGUUGGAUGUGGUUUCGAGCAUCAACUCUUUACUUACUAAGGCUCAGCACAUUCUCGAAUAUCUCCCUGAAUUUCUUCAAUUAUUUAAAAGUAUUCCUUUGCUUGAUAUUCCUGAAUUUCCACAGUUUUCACAAGAUGUCCAGUCUCGAAGUUCAACCUUUGGCUCUCUCCUGUCUGUGAUGAAGAUGGUUUGCAAAGAAGCAUCUUUCCUUAGCGACUCUAACAUGUACAUUAGCUUGCCCAGAGUGAAUGAUCUCUUGGAGGAUGACAAGACAAAAUUCAACAUUCCCAAAGAUUCAACGCCAUUUUGCCUGAAGCUAUAUCAGGAGAUUUUACAGUCUCCAAAUGGAGCCUUGGUGUGGGCUUUCCUAAAGCCUUUAUUGCAUGGGAAGAUAUUGUACACACCCAACACUCCAGUGGUUAAUAAAGUUAUUGAAAAGGCAAAUUAUACCUUUGUCUUUGUGGACAAGCUGAAGAUUGUUUUGGAAGCAAUGCUGAAAAUGUCUAGUAUCUUUCAGAAUGGUGGAAAUGCUCAGAUGAUUAACCAGCUGCAGGAAGCCCUGAGAAAUACAUUUAUCAAAAACUUUGUAGAAAGCCAAUUGCAGAUUGAUGUGGAGAAACUCACUGAAAAGCUACAGAACUAUGCUGGGAUGUUGGGCAAGAUGUUUAAUCACUCAAAGGCUGAGCAGUUUCAUUCCUUGGCCCAAAUCAUGGUAAACAUCUCAUCCUGUGUGCUUUUAAAUCGCUUCCAGCCCUUGGAGUCUGUGGAAACACUGGAGAGAGAAGCUAAUGGGCUCAUGCAACAAAACAAUUUAUUGGCUAGUAUUAUAUUCAACAGUUCCUUAACCAGCAAAAGACACGCACCAGAUUUUUUUGACCUCCCACAUCAUUUCAUCUAUACAAUUAGAACCAGUGUUCUGUACAGUAUGAGAACAGAUUUGGUCAAAAACCCUUUGUGGAAAUUCCAUCCCCAAAGUCUUCCAGCUGAUGGGUUCAAAUACAAUCACAUUUUUGUUCCUCUGCAAGACAUGAUUGAAAGAGCCAUCAUUUUGGUGCAAACCGGACUAGAUACGUUGACACCACCAAUACAAGCCCAAGCCAUGCCAUAUCCCUGCCACACCAGUGACUUAUUCUUGAACAAUGUUGGCUUCUUCUUUCCACUGAUAAUGAUGUUGACAUGGAUGGUAUCUGUAGCUAGUAUGGUCCGAAAGCUGGUUUAUGAGAGAGAGAUUCGUCUUGAAGAGUAUAUGAGGAUGAUGGGUGUUCACCCUACUGUUAACUUCCUUGCCUGGUUUCUGGAGAAUAUCGUCAUGCUUAUUAUAAGCAGCUGUGCUCUGGCCAUCAUCCUGAAAACAAGUGGCAUCUUUGUGCAUAGCAAUGCUUUCAUCAUUUUCCUCUUCCUUCUGGACUUCGGAGUUUCAGUCGUCAUGCUAAGCUUCUUACUCAGUGCAUUUUUCAGCAGUGCCAAUACUGCAGCCCUGUGUACCAGUUUGGUGUAUAUGAUCAGCUUUUUGCCUUACAUAGUUCUCUUAGUCCUACACAACCAAUUAAGUUUUGCUAUUCAGACAGUUCUGUGUUUUCUAUCUACAACUGCCUUUGGGCAAGGUGUAUUUUUCAUUACAUUCUUAGAAGGACAAGAGGCAGGGAUUCAGUGGAAUAAUGUGUACCAAUCUCUGGAACAAGAAGGAGGCAUGACAUUUGGUUGGGUGUGCUGGAUGAUUCUCUUUGACUCAAUGGCAUAUUUUAUAUGUGGAUGGUACUUCAGUAAUUUGAUUCCUGGACAUUUUGGUUUAAAGAAACCAUGGUAUUUUCCCUUUACUAUGUCAUACUGGCAGAGCUUGUGUGGCUUCAAGAUGAUGAAGCAACAACAUAUCAACUCCAGUCUGUUGUUUGUCAAUGAGAACUUCAUGAACAAAGGAUCUUUGCCAACAAAUAGGCAGAAAACAAUUGAAGACAGAGUCCAUGCAGGAGUGACACUGGUAUCAGUUACCAAGGAAUAUGAAGGUGAUAAAAAGGCUGCAGUUAAAGAGCUUACGCUCACAUUUUAUAAAGGUCAAAUCACUGCUCUGCUGGGACCCAAUGGUGCUGGAAAGACCACAAUUAUAUCUCUGUUGACAGCACUGUACCCUCCUAGUUCUGGUACCAUCAUUAUUAAUGGCAAGGAUAUGCAGACACAGCUUGCUGCCAUCAGGAUGGAAAUGGGUGUAUGUCCCCAGUAUGAUGUCUUGUUUGACAACUUAUCUGUUCGGGAACAUUUAGUGCUAUUUGCUUCAAUAAAAGCACCACUGUGGACAAAGAAGCAGUUAUAUCAACAAGUCAAUAAAACCCUUCAAGAUGUGGAGUUAACCCACCACCAACACAAGCACAUCAGAGCUCUCUCUGGAGGAAUGAAAAGAAAACUCUCAAUUGGCAUUGCCUUUAUUGGAAAUUCAAACGUUGUCGUUCUAGAUGAGCCUACUAGUGGUGUGGAUCCUUGUGCCCGCCGGGGCAUUUGGGAUAUUCUACUGAAGUAUCGAGCAGGCCGUACCUUAAUCUUCACUACACACCAUCUUGAUGAGGCAGAGGUGCUUGGUGAUCGCAUUGCCAUACUCCAGCACGGGCGACUUAGAUGUUCUGGUUCUCCCUCCAGCCUGAAGGAAACCUACGGCCAUGGCCUCAGUCUGACGCUGACAAAAAAACCUUUCAUUGUGGAGAUCCAAGAUGCCAAGGACAUAGAUCGAGUUACAUCUCUGAUACAGAUCCACAUUCCAAAAGCAUUUCUUAAAGAAGAUGGUGGGAAUGAGCUGACUUAUGCAAUUCCAAAGGAUACAGACAAAGCAUGCUUUAAAGGCCUCUUUCAGGCUCUGGAUCAAAACCUACAUCAUUUGCAUCUAACUGGCUAUGGAAUUUCAGAUACCACCUUAGAAGAGGUAUUUUUGAAGCUUUUACAAGACUCCAAAAACAAACCACAUAGUCCUGAUACAACAGACAUAAAGUCUCAAUAUGAGAGAAGCACAGAACAACUGCAUGACAAUAACAACUGUCCUAGGGAGAUAAAGUCCAUUCAAGGAAGCACGCUGCUUCUCACCCAGAUGGCUGCUCUACUCAUGAAGAGGUUUCACCACACCAGGAGGGGCUGGAAAGGCACGUUGUCAGACCUGGUGCUGCCUGUUCUCUUUGUGGCUUUAGCAAUGGGCUUGUUCAUGGUGAAGCCAUUAGUUACUGAUUACCCUUCACUCAAAUUGACACCAGGGCAUUAUGACAGUGAAGAAGCAUAUUUUUUUAGCAGUGAAAGUGAGGAUACAGGUCUUUCUAGUGUCCUUUUGAGAAGCUUUGGUGUCCAGGAUGCAUUGUGUGCAAAUUUUAGGCCAGAUCUAAAAAACUUUUCAUGUUGGCGAAGUGACCCAUUUACACCCAGAGAAUUCCAGGAUUCAUGUGCUUGUUUGAAAUGUCCAAAAGAGAACACCAGUGUUCCCUACCUGAAGAACAGUAAGGGAAAUACUAUGUUUAAUCUUUCAGCAUUUGAUGUAGAAGAAUUCUUAUUGUGGCCUUCAAAAAAACCAAGGCUUGGAGGAUGGUCUUUUGGAGUGAAGAUCCCUAACCAAGGUCAAGACAUAAAUAUAAACAUGUCAAAACCUCAAACUCUGGCAAAGGUGUGGUAUAAUCAGAAGGGAUUUCAUGCCUUACCAUCUUAUCUAAAUCACCUGAACAACCUAAUUCUGUGGCAGCAUUUACCACCUUCUGUGAACUGGAGACAGUACGGAAUAACACUGUAUAGCCACCCAUACGGAGGAACCUUACUGAAUGAAGACAAAAUACUGGAGAGUGUCCGCCAGUGUGGAGUUGCACUCUGCAUCAUGCUGGGUUUCUCAAUCCUCACAGCAUCGAUUGGCAGUUCCAUAGUAAAAGACCGAGUGUGUGGAGCGAAGAGGUUGCAGCACAUCAGUGGACUUGGCUAUAGGACCUAUUGGUUUACUAAUUUCAUUUAUGAUAUGCUAUUUUACCUGGUUUCAGUCAGCCUGAGUAUUGGAGUUAUUGUUGCUUUCAAGCUAACAGCCUUCACUUUCCGAGAGAACUUGGCAGCCACUGCCCUCCUGCUGGCCCUUUUCGGUUAUGCCACUCUACCAUGGAUGUAUCUUCUAUCCCGAAUCUUUUCCAGUUCUGAUGUGGCUUUCAUCUCUUACAUCUCUUUAAACUUUAUCUUUGGUCUUUGCACCAUGUUAAUGACAAUAAUGCCAAGAUUACUUGCUGUGGUCUCCAAAGCACAGUCCCUGAAAAUGAUGACAGUGCAGCAUGAAGUGAAUGAUGCCAAAUCCUUAAGAGCUGCCAAAGAUACAGAUUUCUUAGUGUGUUCCCUGUAUUCUUAA